UACAGGUCAUUCUGCACAGUGGAUUUGAUUCAGAGAGGGAUAAAAGUUAGGUCAGGAACUUGGAUAGACAUGGAACUGUUUCAUUGUCAUAUUAUUCCAGUUUGCACACUGUGCAUGGUCUUCAGCAUGGGGGUGUCAUUGGUUUACAGUUCAGAGUCUACUGCAAAAAUGUCAACUGUAGGAAAGUAUAGGAUCCAAUAUUGCCAGAAAUUGAACUUCACAACGGCCGAUGAGGACUGUGGUGGCUUGGUUGAUAAUGUAUCGAGAAUCAUGGAAGCCUGCCGAAAGGAAAAGUAUAGUAGCAGUUGCAACGUGUAUACCAACCCAAACGAUGACAGUAUAUUCUUUUGUAUGAAAACUGAUGGAAGCUCACAAUGUAGUAACAUUCGUUGUACUUCCACAUUUAAAAGAGAAGCUGAUGUCAAUGCAUUAGAAAGAAUUGACAUCGAUACAUUAAGCCCAACCUGUGUGUAUAAGUAUGUUACGAUGGAAUCCAAGGAUUGUGUCACCAAUUCGGGUGAUAAAGAAAGGAGUGGACAUACUGAAAGAAGCCAAACAAAUUUUAGCGGAAGUGGAUGGCCUAUGUUAGUAGCAGCUUUCCUGGCCGGAGUAAUGAUUUCCAGUAUAGGUUUCUUUUUGAGAGAUUGGAUUCGCAAACGAUGGAACACCAGACACUCUAUAACUUCUAUAUCUGUGCAGACCGAGGACUCCCACGUUACCAAUGCUGGAUAUUUAAAUGCAGUUUAUACAGACAUUUCAAAUUUGCAAGGAGAAGAGUCCAGCAAUGAUGAUACCUCAAUUCUUGAUGCAGGGAUGCGUUGUGGUAUCGAUCCGGUUAUGACCGAUCUAUACAAUUAUUCAAGGCCCGAGGGGGAACAGAAGAGUGAUGUUUACAACGUUCUUCAAGGAUCAGAUGAUGGAAUGCUGAGUAUGGGAAAAGCAGAAAAUGAAAAGACCUUAAACGAUACGUUAUUGACAUCGGGUGAACAGUCACUCCUUACAAAAAACCAAAGAGAAGACAUGCAACAAUUAUACUUCUGUUUGGAAAAGAGAGAAGAUGCCACGCUAUUUAACGAAACGCCCUGUUAAAGGAUUGCAUCCGGAUUGGGAUUAAAAUUCAUUUCAUUAAAAUGAAUUUGAAGUGCUUGAAAGAAUGCUUAGAUUAUUCUAAUGUCCUGCAGUGGUUUUUGUUUCUAUGUUUAUUUGUUUAACGUCCGGUGGAUAUCUUGUUUACUCGUAUUAAGACGUCAACAGCUGCAAGUGUAGUGCUGAAUAUUUAUACUUGCGCAGGAUCACCAGGGUAGUAACAAUCAUUGUUUGUUAUAUUACCAACUAUAAAUGGAAUUUUAGUUUUGAUGUAUCAUCCAAAGAACCUCGACUUAAGAUCUCACUCCUAAAUGCCUAGUGUUGGGCAAAGGAGCAAUUACUGCCCACGACCUUCCGGUCACAAAGUGAACUCCGUAACCGUUAGCUUUUCUCGAAAACUCUUAGAUAUAUACAUUAAAUUCUUGACAUUUUUGAUUUAUGAAACAUGUUUGAAAUGUUUAAAUGUAUCUUUCCUCAAUUUUUUUAAAUUUUUUUUUAUUAUAAAGUGCAGCAACAUCAAUUAUUUUCAAAACUCAUUGAUGCCACCAUUGUUGUGAAAAUGUUAUGUCGGAUUGGUAUACACAAAAUCAGGAAAAAAAUCACGAAUUACUUUUCUGCGAUAGAGGCAAUAUAAAGAUACGGUUUAUAUUCAAUUAAUAUAAAUGUAAAUGAAUAUAAAUAUAAGAAUUGAACAGUAUUUUAGAUCUGUUCAUGGUCAAGGUGAACGGAUUUGGAUUUGAGGCAAAUUCUCAGUUUUGUUAUUUACGUACACUUAAACUUCCGGUACAUGUAUAUGAAGAGUUGUCUUUCCUUGUACAUUGACGCCUGUACAGAUAAAUAUAGAAUUCAAACAUUUGUAUUUUAUCUGUAUUUUUUUUUUUAUUGCACAGUUAUGUACGAUGAUUAUAAUUUAAUUUAAAAGAAUAAUGAAAAUAAAGUAAUCACAUUUCA